AUGCAAUCAAGGGCAAGACGUCGAUACGGUGCUGACGAUACGGGUGAUUCAUUCGCUGUAAUAACGAUCGGUUCUGACGGACCUACCAACCACAAUCAGCGCGUCGAAGACAUCCAGGAAAAACCGAAGUAUCCACAGCCAGCCUCAGCCACCAGCUGGUUACCAUCGAUAUCGUCACGAAUCUUUGCAUCCGUAGCACCUGCACCACCGAACCCGGAACCUCGCAACGCUUGGCACGAGGUGCCUCCAAAGAAAGGUGCAGGCUUUUGGACGGGUGACAGAUCAAACGAAGUCACCAAGAACGACGACGACGACGACGGAGACGAUUCGGAGGCUAAGGACAGCUUAAUACCGGAGUUCACAAUGACGGCACGGGACCGUUCCGGGGAGUUUGCGAGUGCGAUCCGCUCGCUGCAGGGUCGCAACAUACAGCGAGCAGUGAAUUUGAAGGAUCCCCGAAAGGCGAAACAUAUGCAGAGCUACUCGGAGUUUAUGAUGAUUGCCAAACACAUUGGCAAAAACAUUGCCAGCACGUACACCAAGCUGGAAAAAUUAACGCUCCUGGCGAAGAAAAAAACCCUGUUCGACGAUCGACCGGCCGAAAUUCAGGAGCUGACGUACAUAAUCAAGGGCGAUUUGAACUCGUUAAAUCAGCAAAUUGCCCGGCUGCAGGAAGUCUCGAAAUCGCAACGUCGAUCCACGAACGGUAAACAUUUGCUCUCACAUUCCUCCAACAUGGUUGUCGCGCUGCAGGCAAAGCUGGCGAACAUGAGUUCCGACUUCAAGCAGGUGCUGGAAGUGCGGACGGAAAACUUGAAGCAACAGAAAACGCGCCGCGAUCAGUUCAGUCAAGGUCCAAUGGCGGGUGGAUUGCCUCCAUCGACGAUGCGGGGCUCAACGCAAGGCAGUUUGCUGCUGCAGGAACAGCAGGAUCAGGUCUGUAUCGAUAUGGGGGGCGCAUCGGCGACCGGUGGUGGUUCCAGUUCCGACCGGACACCACUGCUACAGCAGCAGCAACAGCUCGUACUGUACGACGAAUCCGAUAGCUACGUCCAGGAACGGGCCGAAACGAUGCAAAACAUCGAAAGCACGAUCGUGGAGCUGGGUGGCAUCUUCCAGCAGCUGGCCCACAUGGUAAAGGAGCAGGAAGAGAUGGUGGAACGCAUCGAUAGCAAUCUGCAGGACGUCGAGCUAAACGUGGAGGCGGCCCACGGGGAAAUUCUCAAGUACUUCCAAUCCGUCACCAAGAACCGCUGGCUAAUGAUCAAGAUCUUUGGCGUGCUGAUAAUGUUUUUCAUCUUUUUCGUCAUCUUCCUGGCGUAG